AUGGAUUACCGUUAUGGAUAUGACAUGAACUAUGUGAUGGUGCCCCAGAAACAGGAGACAUUGCCACUCUUCCCACCAAGGACCGCGUUCUCCAGGCCUUCGUCCGAAGCAACCGAAAUCUUCGAAGAUGAGGAUAAAUAUUCUGCGAGCUACGAUGAAUCUCCCAUGCGCAGUGUCGCUUCUCUGGAAACCGGAAGUGUCUCUACCAUGUCUACCCCGGAUAAUGUCACCACCCCAGACUCAACUGGCUUGACAGCUUUCGAUUUCCAUAUUGAAGAUAAGGAAAUUUCUGGUCCCUCGGGCCCCAGUCUGUUCAGGCCAGCCAUUGCCUCGAGUUGCAAGCUAGGCACCGAGACAGACAGACUUUACUCAGAGACACCCGUUAGUGCGACUGGCCCUUUCCACCACAGAGCUUCUAAGCUCGAUCCCCUCAGGAGAGAUACUCCGGUACCAAAUCGUACAAACGCGGAGACUCCUCAACCAUCAUACGUUUUAUAUGCCGAGCGGGCCUCGGUAGCAGACUCGAUCACUGCCCAAGACUGGUCUCCAACGGAGGUUGUUCAGUGGAUGCGAAACCUUGGCUUCGAAGACGACAUUGUUCAGAAGUUUUUCUACAAUGAUAUUUCCGGCUCCAUUCUUCUUGGGCUUCAAUCUGAAGAUCUCAAGGAGCUCGAUAUCAUGUCAUUCGGAAAAAGGCAUCGAGUGAUGAGCUCUAUUCAAAGUCUUCGCAGCAGCACAUCUCUUAGCAGUACUGCUCCAAGCUCCUCACAAAAUUCCAGUGUGAGCAACGACGUAUCGUCAACACAGCGCACAUCGACUGUCAGAUCAAGUAGCAGCUACCAGUCGUGCUCUACGACUGACGAAGACACCUCGAGCAGGAGACCUAGACGUGGUCGUCAAAAUUCCAGCCCUGAUGUAAUCAGAAAGGGUGAUAUCGGCCCAGGUGAUUCAGUUUCUAUUGUUGCGAUCGAGCAGCUUCUUCCAAAAAUGCAUCAUUGUUCGAAGGGCGAGAAUUGCCGCAAGUGGCAAAAGCAGCAGGCCAAGAUUGCUAGCAUGGUCAAUGGCUUACCGAUCGACUCAUUUGGGAGGCGAGCCAUCGUUACUGGAGACCCAGGUAACCCCAAGACUGCGCCUAAUCUCCUCAAGUCUCCCACCAAGUCAGAUGCCACCCCUUCCCUUGUUGCAUCUUCUGAUGCAAUGGGUCCUGGGCAAACACCCGCUUUCCAGUUGUCACGCGAGAGACUGAAGGAGGUUGAGUCUCAGAACCCCCAGCAAAAUGUACUUCAAUUUUUGAAAUUGCAAAACCAGGGCCUGUCGAAAUUGCAAACUGCAAAUAACCCUGCUACCCCACCAGGAGAGCACCUUGCUUCCCCUGAUUCAGGAUCUCCAGACUCGGCCAAAAUCACACCUACACUGGCUGAGAAAAUCGGCCAGCUCCCCAGGCUGGAGAUUCCGUGCAUAUAUGACCCUGCGGACUCGGCCGUUUCUGGAGCUAUGUCGGCCCAAAAAACCGUCACCCCUUCCAUACUCUUUAAGAGAGGCCAAAUACACGCAUAUGACACGACCGCCAUCCCCGGUGGCCAGCGGUUGGGUCUUGGUGACACGACGAUCUCUCCAGGGGAUUUCUAUCGCCUCGAUCCGAGCUAUAGAAUUGAGACUGAGACCCCAUUUUCUGAAACUGACGCUCCAAUAACUGCAAUCCCAAUCGGUCCCGUGGCACGAGAGGAAUCGCAGUCAGUACCUCCGAACAUGCGAUUCGGCAACAACCGAUUCGUUAUGGCAGAACCAGUUAUUCGCCCAUCAUCUACAAAGGCGGAUAAUCACCGACGGUAUCCGUCAAUCCAGGCUGUCUCUACCAUGGGUCCGUUGAAGGAGGGUCAGACCUUGAGUCCCAUCGAAACUCCAGACGACCUGCGCAAAACACCCCGUGCACCCCAUUGUCGCAGUAACAACCUGUUCACUACGGACCCGAACGAGCAGGAUAAUGUGAAACACAAGGGCUGGAUGAGAAAGCGCAAGACCAACAAAUUCUUCAUUCCGGAGUGGCAUCCAGCUUUCUACAAGCUCGAAGGCACUGAGCUCACCGAGCACCGAAAUGAACAGGAGGACACCCCCCUUGACUACAUUGAUGUUGACGACUAUGCGGUUGCCUGUUCUUCUCUUGCCUCUACCUCGAAGCUGUCUGCAGCAUUCAAAAAGAGAAUUCUCAAGCGCAAAGACAAUGUCGCGCAAGAUUCAACUUUUGCCUUCUCGCUGGUACCCGCACCCGACCACAACAGCACUUCUGUUGACCGAAAAGUGCUGUUUUUGAACGGUCCUAAAUCACACCACUUCACCGUCGACACUCGUGAUGAGCGCAUCGACUGGAUGCGAGAGCUUAUGCUGGCCAGAGCUGUCAAGCGAGGCCGUGAAAGUGGUGCUGCUAUCAACGUCAAUGGAAACAACAUGAUUUGA